CACAAGCUAUAUAUAAUAGACUGUCGACCAAGGUAUGGGUUCACGAUUCAGACGAUGACUUCUGUGUUCGGCCUAAUCUCGAGAGUUCGGACGAUAUUCAACCCACCCGAAGCAAAGCCAGACGCAAACACCAAGCCGCUUAAGUUUGGCAUCCUUGGUGCAGCCAACAUCGCACCUGAUGCUCUAAUCAAACCCGUGAAAAGCCACCCAGAGGCUGUCGUAUUCGGUGUUGCUGCCCGGAAUAAAGAGAAGGCCGCUGCAUAUGCCAAGACACAUGGGAUCAAGAAAGUCUACAAUAGCUACGAGGAAUUACUGGCCGACCCAGAAAUUGAUUGCAUCUACAACCCUUUGCCCAAUGGCCUUCAUUACGAGUGGACAAUGAAAGCGCUUGCGGCCGGUAAACACGUCCUCUUGGAGAAACCUGCUGCAAAUACCGCAGAGGAGACUCGUGCUAUGUUCGAUCUCGCCGAGCAGAAAAACCUUGUUCUCCUCGAGGCUUUCCACUAUCGUUUCCAUCCUGUUGCACACCGUGUGCGCGAAAUUAUCGAAAGUGGCGAGCUUGGUCCCGUCAAAGGCACCGACACUCAUUUGACGCUUUCUGGGGGGUACUUUUCGGCCGACGACAUCCGCUUCAAUUACUCUCUUGGUGGAGGCGCCCUCAUGGAUAUGGGCUGCUACACCAUCAACUCAAUGCGAUUUUUCGGUGGGGAGGAACCCAGCUCUGUUUCCUCCGUCUCCCACCAGCUGGUCACAAAGGCAUCUGGCAAGAAUUCCGAGCUUGUCGAUCGCCGUACCGAAGCGACUUUCACGUUUGCCGGCGGAAUGCGCUCUUCCAUCGUCUGCGACCUCGCAACGCCUGCGAGAUUCGGUCUGAUUCCCAAGCUGCCUGAUUUCUCCGCCAAAAUUAGAUGCGAGCAGGGCGAAAUCAGGAUCAUGAACUACCUCAUGCCUAGUGUGUACCAUUCUAUCACGGUUGUGCCAAUCAAGGGCAAACAACGCGUCGAGAAGGUGUAUACCUUCCCAAACCUUGGUCAGCCUUGGUGGUCGACCUAUCGCUAUCAACUCGAGGCUUUCGUUAACAAAGUUCGCGGUCGGCCUGUGCAUACUUGGGUGACAAAAGAGGACUCGAUUGCAAACAUGGAAGUAAUCGAGAGCGUAUAUGCCAAGGGUGGACUGGGAAGUCGGCCCAAAUCGGAAUGGAUGCCUCCAAAUCUCUAA